GUAUUUUAUUUUCUCCGCACGAUAGAGUAGAGAGAGAAAGACUUAGGUAGAGAGACUAGAGAGAGAAAGAAGAGAGAGAAAGAACCUCGAGUUCGUCGUCUCUCUCUCCAUCUCUAUCUUCUGGGUGGUGUUGUCUUCUCCCUUCAAUCGAUCUCUUUGUUCCUUUUCUGAAGCUCAUAUGUGUGCUUUUGUGCUAAAACUAUGUGACGAUCUUGUGGAAAAAUGAUUUAAAUUGAGGAUCAGUUUAAUGAUCUAGUUCUGAAAGUUGCAGACCGGGCGUGGUUACAAUGUCAUCUCUCAGUAGAGAGCUUGUGUUCUUGAUCUUGCAGUUCCUAGAUGAGGAAAAGUUCAAAGAGACUGUCCACAAGCUUGAACAAGAAUCUGGAUUUUUCUUUAACAUGAAGCAUUUUGAGGAUGAGGUGCAUAAUGGGAAUUGGGAUGAGGUCGAGAGAUACCUCUCUGGUUUCACGAAAGUGGACGAUAAUCGGUAUUCCAUGAAGAUAUUUUUUGAAAUAAGGAAGCAGAAGUAUCUUGAGGCAUUGGACAAGCAUGAUAGGCCCAAGGCUGUAGAUAUCCUUGUAAAAGAUCUUAAAGUUUUCUCUUCAUUUAACGAAGAGCUUUUUAAGGAAAUUACUCAGUUGUUGACAUUGGAGAAUUUCAGGGAAAAUGAACAGCUCUCCAAGUAUGGCGAUACAAAAUCUGCAAGAGCAAUUAUGUUGGUUGAGCUCAAGAAGCUUAUUGAAGCAAACCCCUUGUUUCGUGACAAACUGCAAUUUCCUAACUUGAAAAAUUCAAGGUUACGGACUCUCAUUAACCAAAGCUUGAAUUGGCAACAUCAACUUUGUAAAAACCCAAGGCCAAAUCCGGACAUAAAAACUUUAUUUGUGGAUCAUACGUGUGGACAACCAAAUGGAGCGCGUGCUCCAUCGCCUGCAAACAGUCCAUUGCUGGGAUCCUUACCAAAAGCUGGAGGCUUCCCACCUCUGGGUGCACAUGGGCCUUUCCAAACUACACCAGCACCAGUUCCAACUCCACUUGCCGGUUGGAUGUCUAAUCCGCCGACUGUAACUCAUCCAGCAGUUUCUGGUGGAGCUGCUGCUCUUAGUGCUCAAUCAAUUCCAGCUGCUUUGAAACAUCCCAGGACUCCACCAACUAAUCCUUCUGUAGAUUACCCAUCAGGGGAUUCAGAUCAUGUAACCAAAAGAAGGGCCAUGGGGAUGUCUGAUGAGGUUAGAUUCUCAGGAAUACACACUAUUGCCCCUAUGGGACUUGAACCCUCAAUCUCUAAUGUAAAUCUGCCCGUUAAUGUAAUGACUGUAUCAUUUACGGGUCACGGUCAUAGUCAAGGUUUUAAUGCUGCUGAUGACUUGCCCAAGACUAUUGCAAGGACUUUAAAUCAGGGGUCAUCUCCUAUGAGCAUGGAUUUCCAUCCUGUUCAACAGACCCUACUUCUAGUUGGCACCAAUGUGGGGGACAUAGGACUGUGGGAAGUUGGUUCCAGGGAGAGAUUGGUUCUAAGAAAUUUCAAAGUUUGGGAUCUCGGUGCAUGUUCAAUGCCUCUACAGGCAUCUCUAGUUAAAGAUCCUGGUGUGUCCGUUAACCGCAUUAUUUGGAGCCCUGAUGGUACUUUAUUUGGAGUUGCGUAUUCAAGGCACAUUGUUCAGAUAUAUUCUUAUCAAGGAGGUGAUGACGUGCGGCAACAUUUGGAGAUUGAUGCUCAUGUCGGUGGAGUAAAUGAUCUGGCAUUCUCUCAUCCAAAUAAGCAACUUUGUGUAAUAACCUGUGGUGAUGACAAGACCAUCAAGGUUUGGGAUGCCACUACUGGUGCAAGACAGUAUACUUUUGAAGGUCAUGAGGCUCCUGUCUAUUCCGUCUGCCCUCACUACAAGGAAAACAUUCAAUUUAUAUUUUCAACAGCACUGGAUGGAAAGAUAAAGGCAUGGUUAUAUGACAAUUUGGGAUCUCGUGUUGAUUACGAUGCCCCUGGUCGCUGGUGCACGACAAUGGCUUAUAGUGCUGAUGGAACAAGGCUGUUUUCAUGUGGGACCAGCAAAGACGGGGAGUCACAUAUCGUUGAAUGGAAUGAAAGUGAAGGUGCUGUAAAGAGGACCUAUCAAGGGUUCCGAAAACGAUCUUUGGGUGUUGUGCAAUUUGAUACAACUAAAAACCGGUUUUUGGCUGCUGGUGACGAUUUUUCCAUUAAAUUUUGGGAUAUGGAUAAUGUUCAGCUCUUGACCAGCAUUGAUGCUGAUGGAGGUCUUCCAGCAAGUCCACGCGUCCGCUUCAACAAGGAUGGCACUCUCCUGGCUGUUUCUGCUAAUGAAAAUGGAAUCAGAAUUUUGGCAAAUUCUGAUGGUCUCCGAUUGCUGCGCACAUUUGAAAAUCUUUCUUAUGAUGCUCCAAGAGCAUCUGAAACCAUGACUAAGCCUACAAUAAACCCAAUAACUGCAGCUGCAGCUGCAGCUGCUGCUGCUGCUACUAGUGCAGGACUUGCAGAAAGAGUUGCCUCUGUUGUUGCUAUCUCUGGAAUGAAUGGGGAUGCGAGAAAUAUGGGGGAUGUGAAACCUAGAAUAACUGAAGAAAGCAAUGACAAGUCAAAGAUUUGGAAGCUCACUGAAAUCAGUGAACCUUCCCAGUGCCGGACAUUGAAGCUCCCUGAAAACUCGAGAGUAACCAAGAUAUCAAGGUUGAUAUAUACAAAUUCAGGAAAUGCUAUCUUGGCAUUAGCAUCAAAUGCCAUUCAUUUGCUUUGGAAAUGGCAGCGAAAUGACCGUCAUUCAAGUGGCAAGGCAACAACCAGUAUCUCACCUCAGAUAUGGCAGCCAGCAAGUGGCAUUUUUAUGACCAAUGAUGUUACUGAUAGCCCUGAGGAGGCCGUGCCCUGCUUUGCUUUGUCCAAAAAUGAUUCAUAUGUAAUGUCUGCUUCAGGAGGAAAGGUUUCUCUUUUCAAUAUGAUGACAUUUAAGACGAUGACAACUUUCAUGCCUCCGCCACCUGCAGCGACAUUUCUUGCAUUCCAUCCCCAAGAUAACAAUAUCAUUGCUAUUGGCAUGGAUGAUUCCACAAUCCAGAUAUAUAAUGUCCGUGUGGAUGAGGUCAAAAGCAAGCUCAAAGGUCACUCUAAAAGAAUUACUGGCCUUGCCUUUUCUCAUGUACUAAACGUGCUAGUUUCAUCGGGAGCAGAUGCUCAGCUUUGCGUAUGGAACUCCGACGGAUGGGAAAAGCAAAAGACCAGAUUCUUGCAGGUUCCAACUGGGAGGACACCAACAGCACAGUCAGACACUCGUGUGCAGUUUCAACAGGACCAGAUGCAUUUCCUUGUUGUACACGAGUCUCAGAUUGCCAUAUAUGAUGCAAUGAAACUAGAAUGCACAAAGCAGUGGGUCCCCCGUGAAUCUGCUGCCCCAAUAUCUCAUGCAACAUUCUCGUGCGAUAGCCAGCUGGUGUAUGCGAGCUUCUUGGAUGCAAGUGUUUGUGUAUUUACUGCUGCAAAUCUCCGACUGCGAUGCCGUAUUAAUCCCUCCACUUAUCUUUCAUCCAGUGUCAGCCAUUCAAAUGUCCACCCACUCGUGAUUGCUGCACAUCCACAAGAACCAAAUCAGUUUGCUUUGGGUCUAUCAGAUGGUGGAGUUCAUGUAUUUGAACCUCUUGAAACUGAAGGCAAAUGGGGAUUGCCGGCACCAGUUGAGAAUGGGUCAGCAAGCAGUGUACCAAAUACAACAGCGGUUGGAGCUUCAGGCUCAGAUCAACCUCACAGUUCGAGUUCAGGAUAUGUAAUUACUUGAUGAUCGACAUGCAGGCAUUAGAUCUAACAUGUUGGCUAAGGUAACCAUAUAUGUAAGCUAAAUACUUUUUUAGAGUACCAGUAGUGAAUGUUUUCUUCUCCUAAAGAUGGAGUGUCUCAAGGAAGAUGUUCUGCUUUUCCUUCUCUAUAUAUGUCUCUCUUUUAUUUGUUAAAUACCGGUGCUGUUCUUGUACGUAUGAAAUUGGCCUUGGCCUUCGGUUGGAAAGUGUUGUUACUUAGAAUCUGUCUCUGACCAUGUCUUUGUCAGUUAUCAAAGAGGAGCACCAAAAAUGAAAACUAGGAUGUGGCUCAUGAUUAUAUUAUAGGAUUAUUCACUUA